AUGAGAUGUACACGUGUCCUAUUGGUUUUAGCAAUACUGGUUGUGGGAUUGGCAUAUUUCCUGUAUACUCCCUUCCCAGACGAUGCGGUUGAAACACUAUAUCAGAUGAGCAUCUCCUUACUAACCGCUACAGUAAUGGCGAUGUGCGAUUUUCAAGAAUACAUCGGAUACUCGAGUUUCACGAAGUGUGUGCUGAAUCCUUUAAAUCUUCGAACUACAACCACUUACACCACUGAGGAACUCUCGGAUAGCAGUGUCCAGGUAUCUGAAGAGUUAUUUGACGGAGUCAAAGUGAGGCUGUUUGUACCACGUGACACAAGUAUGAAGGACCCUCUACCGGCAGUGAUAUUUUUUCACGGUGGGGGCUGGAUAAUAGGAUCUGUAGCCCAGUAUGACUCAUUCACACGAAUGAUAUCCAGGACAACUCCCAUCAUGGUAGUGUCUGUUGAAUACAGAUUAGCCCCAGAAUAUACAUUUCCUAUACCAUUCCAAGACUGUCUGACAGCGACCAAAUAUUUCAUGAAAAACGCCAAGAUGUACGGGGUAGAUGCCAACCGGAUAGCGUUGUCAGGAGACAGUGCAGGAGGAAACAUGGCGAUGGCUGUCGGAAUCAAACUAACUCAGGAACGGCAACCCCCUCGACUUCUCGGACUGAUCUACCCGGCUCUGCAGAUAGCGGAUUUUAAAACUCCGUCAUAUAAGACAUAUACAUCUUCACCAUUUCUAUUGCAGACAGAUAGAAUGAUUCAAUUUUACUUACGGUACAUUUUUGGAAAUGACAGUUACUUGGAUCAGUUCUUAGAAAAUCAACAUAUAACUGCGGAAAUGCGGAAUGGUGUCACAUCUAAAGUAAGUGUAGAACUUUUGCCGGAAAAAUAUCACAAGUUACAGACCCGACCAGAAGAUCUCAAACCUGCUGAUAAAAGUUUGGCGGAAAAAGUUGGCAAAUUCUUUACAAAUGUCUACCUGUGUCCUUUAAUGCUGGACGAUGAAAUGUUGUCACAGUUACCGAAAACGUACCUGUUGACCUGCGAAUAUGAUCCACUGAGGGACGACGGCUUGAUGUUAGCCAAGCGUUGGAAAAACCUGGGGUUUCCGGUAAAACACGUGCACUGGGAAGGAGUUCAGCACGGAUUUAUGCCCCUUGUUAAAAUGAACCGAUCGAGAGAAGCAGUAGCAGAUUUCAUCAGUUAUCUGAGGGCAGAACUUUAG